UAGCUCCCUCUACGUUUCGUACAUGCAAGGAACAAAAUUUACACGACUCAUGCCAAAAAUCGGUGUCUGAAAAGUUCAUUAGUUGAAAUCACCAAGACAGACUCCCACAAUGGACAGGUUACUUAGACUAGGAGGAGGUAUGCCAGGCCUUGGGCAAGGCACCACACCCAGCGAUGGACCCGUUGUUGAUACUGCAGAACAAGUGUACAUAUCAUCUCUUGCUCUUUUGAAGAUGUUGAAACAUGGUAGAGCUGGUGUACCUAUGGAAGUUAUGGGUCUUAUGUUGGGAGAAUUUGUUGAUGAUUACACAGUCAGAGUCAUUGAUGUCUUUGCUAUGCCACAAUCAGGAACAGGAGUGAGCGUAGAAGCAGUAGAUCCUGUAUUCCAAGCCAAGAUGUUGGACAUGCUGAAGCAGACAGGUCGUCCAGAGAUGGUGGUUGGAUGGUAUCACUCCCAUCCCGGGUUUGGAUGCUGGUUAUCGGGUGUUGACAUCAACACACAGCAGAGCUUUGAGGCCCUAUCAGACAGAGCAGUGGCUGUUGUGGUCGAUCCCAUUCAGAGUGUCAAAGGAAAGGUUGUAAUAGAUGCAUUCCGAUUGAUCAACCCUAACAUGAUGGUGCUGGGACAGGAGCCUAGGCAGACCACAUCAAAUCUUGGUCAUUUACAGAAGCCAUCCAUUCAAGCCUUGAUCCACGGCCUCAACAGACAUUACUACUCAAUCGCUAUCAACUACAGGAAAAAUGAAUUAGAACAAAAGAUGCUGUUAAAUCUUCAUAAAAAGAGCUGGAUGGAUGGAUUGACAUUGAAAGAUUACAAUGAACACUGCAAACUGAACGAAUCAACAGUCAAAGAGAUGUUAAACCUAGCCAAGGUUUAUAACAAGGCUGUAGAAGAGGAAGACAAAAUGACGCAAGAGCAACUCGCGGUGAAGAACGUCGGCAAGCUGGACCCUAAGCGCCAUCUUGAGGAGAGGGUGGAGGUACUUAUGACGUCGAAUAUCGUUCAGUGCCUUGGUGCUAUGCUGGAUACGGUUGUGUUUAAAUAGUAUAUAACCAACUGCCGUCUCAUGUAAAUAUCUCUUGUAGGCUUGUGAAACUAUUAUUAUUAUUAUUGAUCAGUAAAGUGUCAGAAAAUCUAUUUACUACUGGUCAUGUUAAUGUAACUGAUGUUUUUGUGCACCAAUGAAAUUUGAGGAUAUUUCACCUGUGGUGAUCAGUAUCAAUUAUGUAAAGUCCCCAGUUUUCGGUCUUCUGAAAUGUAAAUUCCAUGUUUUCAGUCUUUUUAACAUCAUAGUUUGUGUUCUCUAAUGACAAGUACUGUACAAAACAUGAUAAAGCAAUUGGAAUUCAUGAAAUCUUAGAAAAGCAUAAGUUUCCAUUGUAAUGUACAUGCACUGCAUUAAGUAGAUAAACAAGGAGAUCACAUCCUAAAAUCUGCAAUCAGGUUAGGUUGGCAGAUUUUUCAAUUAUGUACUGUUUUGUUUAUUGGGUUAUUGCAUGAUUUUCAAUUUUCUGCUUUGUAAUUCAUAUUUUUUGCCUAAAAAUUGUAAAUUCCAUGAAAUCAUUACAUUUUGUGUAUCAUGGAAAACUGGGGACUCUACCUUAAAGGCAUGUGAUUGUCAUGAAGGGUGAUCUGAUAUAUCAGAUUGAAAAUUGAAACAAAUCACAUGCUCCAAUGUAAGAGAUUUAGGUGAUGUUACAACGUGGAAGGCAAUUUUAUUGUUCAAUUGAGAUUAAACUCACCGCUAGUGUAAGAGGUUUAAGAAUUCAUGUAGAAUUUGAGUAAUAUUACAGACACUAGUUUGCAUAUAUAUGGUCAUGUUUAAAAGAAUUGUCCACAAAUUUUUCCUUUGAGUUCAAAAGAUUUUUCUGUAGAGUCUUGAAACUCGCAAAACAUCACAGAGUUAUCUAUUAAGUCCAAGUAGUCACAAUACUUACACACUUAUUCCAGUUAAAGCUUUUUUUAGCUACAAGAGGAAUUGUAUGCCAAUAACAGACAAUACCUAUGUUUGUUGUGACUAUUGUGAAUCUUCAAAGUUUACCAAAGACACAUGUUACAUGACUGGUUUCCAGCACAUUGCUACUGACUUAUCUAAUGACAAUGAUAAGCAGGGCAUUGUAUUUCAGAGUAAUAUAAGCUCAUUGCAGGCUUCUGAAUGCAGAAAAAUGUGUAUUCUCGUUAAGAAAACAAUAAAUAGUGGAAAAGAUAGCCAAAUUCACACAGAAUAUAAGGUUUGACUAAAUAGAGAAAAAGUAAGCAAGCAUAACGGUGCAUAUUUCAUAAAAAUUAAGGUGUAGGCAUUUUGAAGUUAUACAUUAUUUCAUAUGAUGGUCACGCAUAUUGAACAAUGUUUCAUGAAAUGUGCAUAUCGAAAAACUCAUAUUUUGAUGAAAUUUUAACUCUUAUUCUCAUAUAAGUUGUCUUAGUUUUCCCAACUAAACUUCAAUUCUGUGAGGAAUUGACUUUUGAAGCAGUUAAUUGUAAAACUUUUGAAUCCCAGACAGCGCUUCUGCAAAUUGUCCAUCUAAGACAAAAUCACUUGUAAAGGAUUUUGUGGCAAUGUUUUCAUAAAAAAUAACUAAUUACAUGUAUGUUUGUAAUGUUUCAUUAUGUAAAAAAUAAAAGAUGUUCAUAAUGUACAAUGUAAAA